UCUAUCUGUUUUGUCUCUCUAUCAGUUCUGCAGCUUCUGCUGUCAUGAUGUGGUCUGUUCCUUUAAUCUUGUGCUUGAUUUCAUUAGUGGUGAAUGUAGGGCCUUCAUUCUCUUCUUGCACUACCAGUGUGAGUGUUAAGGAUUUGGGCUGCCAGCUGAACUGGAGCUGUUCUGCUGUCACCAGCACCAUGACCUUCACUGUCCAGACAAAGGUUCAAGGGUGGGUCGACUGGCAGAACGUAUCUCAGUGUGUCCAGAUCACCUCCAGUAGUUGUGAUCUUUCUCAGGUCUUCACUGAUUUGGAGCUCUACAAGUUUGUCAGACUGGAACUGAACCAGGGACAUGGGAAAAUAAAUCUGACUUCAACUGAGCUUUGUGACCCACUCAAUGAAUUGAAUCCGAUUUUUAGCCCCCCCUCACUGUCCCUCUCUCUCAAAGAGCAGCAGCUCUUGGUGGAGGUGAUAUUUCCAUGUGCUCCAUACGCUAUCUGUCAGACUGAGAAACAGGGGACAGAUGAUGAAUUGGAAAAACAAACCUGCUGUCCUCUAACUGAUUUCCUGCCACUGAACACCACAGUGACUCUUUAUAAUAAACAUGAUGGGAAUGUUAUUCAGACUGUCACUGAGGUGGUAGAUGCUAGUCCAUGUAAGCUGAACUUUGAGUUCACUCCGGGUAAUGAGUACUGUGCUGUGGCUCACUUUGCCUCCUCUCCCCUCUCUAAGCCAGAGUGUAUCCACAUCCCUCUGGAAUACCCAAACCUUUUCAUCCAGGCCCUGUGUGGUGUCUUUGUUGCUUUUCUUCUCAUUAUGGGAUUUGUGCUGAGAAGAUGGUGCUGUUUGUGUGCUUCAACCGACCUCAGACUCCCUAAAUCUCUGAUGUCUCUUCAGAUUCAGGAUCCAGAGGGUUCUGUUGUGGAUGAACCCAGACAGGCAGACUUUGAAGAAGAGGAGCCUAUUGUCCAUCUCUCCAUCAUCUCUCUUAAUGACAUGCUUCCUUCUAACCCCCACUCAUUUUAUCCACACUUCCACUGUCUUGGGGAUCAAUAUUACACCACUGCUAUUAUGCCUGACCGGUUUUGUGAUGGAAAUGACACUGUUUACUACUCCAGAGAUGUUGAAACAGAUGGUGUCGCAGAUUGUGCAUCUCCAAAUCACUAUCCAUGGCCACGCUGGUCAUCACUCCCUGUUCUCAGAACAGGGAUGGUAUGUUUGUUGGGUAACUUUCUUCCAUCUGAGUUCUCAAUGAUUCCUUUAAGCUCGGUCAGAGUAGCUGAAGAACAGAUAGCUAAGAUGGAGUCGGAUCAUUCUAUCACAGUACUUCCAGACAUGUAUAGCGACAGUGAUUCAUCUAUAGUUAUCUGCUGACUCAAUCCAAGCCAUUUUGUUUGGUAGUUGUAUUUUAUACCCAUUUCCAUUAUGAUGUAUAUGGAGCAGGGACAUCCAAGAUGCAAGAAUUUUUGACAGAUAUUACCAAACAGCAGAAGAUCUGAUGUCAUCUCUACAACAACCUUUUUUUUUUUUUUAAAGGCAAGUUAAUAUGCUCAAAAAUGCAGCUUAUCUGAGACUGGAAAUUGGUCUGUCCUUAGUGCUGUCGGUGUCAGUAAGGUCAUCUACUACAAACUUGCGUAUGGAAUCAUUUUGUCACCUCAGUAUACUUUAUUUUAUGUAUGAAUAAAUCAGAAGGAAAGGCCGUCAAUCUGUUGAAGAAGCUAACGCAAUCCAAAGUUUGUGUUGAUUUUGGGAGACAAACAUACAGCAGUGUGACUCAUUUCAGAAGGUUGUUAUAAAUCCUUAACUAUUGGUUUUACCUCCUGUGGACUCUCUUCUGCACAAAUAUUGUGUAUGGGGGUCAUGGGUGGUUGUGGCGCACACACACACCCUACUAUAACUUUUUUUCCCCCUCUCGCUGACUCACUGUUGCCUGUCCUGGCUCAGAAUUUCAUGGCCAGCAACUCAAAAUUCACUGCCUUAGUGUGCACUUUAUGCUGAUACUGUAUUUUUCUUUUGCAAAAUUAGGCUCUAAGGAACAGUGGUGACUUUUGGGUAAAUCUUGUUACUGUGUACAGCUUUAAUUGUAAUGACUUUCACCCGUUUCAUCCAUCUUGUUGAGUUUAAGCUGCUGUCUGUUUGAUUUAUGCUAAGUAAACCAGAGGAAAAGAGGUGCAGCCAUUUCACUGCUCUGUAGUUUGACCGUAGUUAUUUUUUAAUUUUGUGUAUAUGUAUGAUUCUCAUUAAUGAAGGAAUUUUGUACUACAGAAUCAAUGUGUGCAAUAAUAAUCAAAAAUAUAGAUGCAGGGUUUCAUUGCUGUAGUUUUAAAUGUCAAGUUGACCCAAAGUGAAAAAUGUGCGAGUGUGAAAGUGUGCUGCUUUAAUAAAGCCACAACCCACAACCUUGAAAGCUCACUGUGAAAAACAUGAGACUGAUGGCAAAUAGUGUGAGUGAGGAAAACCCCGAUUUGAGGUUUUAUUCUGAUAGUGUCUGUGUUUAACAACUACAACCUUGAUUCAGCUUUUUAUAAUGUAUAACUUUUUUUUACUUUUUAGUAUUUGUAAAUAUUUCUUUGUAUUUGGUGCUUUUUUUUUUUUUACUAUUAUAAUAUUGAACCAUAGAUUUAAAAAAAAAAAUUAGACUAUAAAUCAACAAUGCUGAAUUCCUGAUACAGGUGAAUAUUCUUUUCUUUUAUAUAAUUAAAUAUGUAAAUAAAAUUUAAAAGGUGUCUCAAGGACACAAGCAGAGCCAGAUACAAAGUUGUCUGCUAUUUCUUAAAGAGGCUGAGAUGAAAAGAAACUUC